UUAUUCAUUUUUCGAUUUAUAGGUUAGGAAUGGCCUGUGGACUAGCUUUGAAGCGCCCACACGAGUAUGAUUCGUAUUUGGCAGACGAAAGUUUCCCACAUGAGGCUAAACGGGCUCGCCAAACUGCGGCUCAUUGCUCACCAUUUCGGCCUCAAAUGGGUACUAUAGCUGCAAAUCUUCCUUCGACUAGUAGUUUUGCUCAGGCUGUGAACAAAGAUGAUUCGCCCUUCGCCUCAGUGGCCGGCAAAUGCCAGUUAUCUGAAUCCCAGUUGGACGCCUAUUUGCGUUCGGAGGUACGGAGUGGUCAGCGCCGGAAGCUGCUGCCGAGAAGAAGUUGUGUAGACGUGAAAAUUGAGGAUGACAAUACUCCACGCAAAGAAUACCGGACUCCUAAUUCUCCUCCUCAGUCUGGAUCCGAUUCUGAUGGUGAAAGUACAAGCAUUCGAAAGAGUAGUACUAGUUAUCAAGCGCUAGCAGAGAAACCGCAGUUCAGUCUGAAACAGGUGCGGAUGAUCUGUGAGCGUCUCCUCAAAGAACAGGAAAUGCGCCUUCGAUACGAGUAUGAAAUUGCAUUGAAUCAAAAAUUGGACGAACAACACGAGCAGUACGUUCAGUUUGCCAGUGAGCAAAUGGCUUCACAAUACAAGGAGAAUUCUGCUGGCGAAUUUUCGUAUCUUUCAUGAGUCUAUUCGCUCAACUCUGCUUUUUUCUUGAACUUUGAGCAUUAUGAAAUUGUUUGAUUGCUGAUUUGAUGUCAUUCUUCUUUCACGAGCAUAUGAAUCUAAUUGCCGUCGUUACAUAGUGUCUUGGAAUUCAGGUCAUCUAAUAUUUGAUAUAUGUAUAUAUCUUCUAUCUAUAGGUUGUUGCCUGCUGCCUUUCGUGAUUUUCGAGUUCUGCUUCUGUAAUUCAUCAUGAUCGGAAGCUUGCAUCAUAUUCCACAUUACUUGUGAUUUGUCCGCUCCCUUGUCAUGUCUCGCAUGUGUAGCACUAUGAGUACGAUAAUAAAUCUUCAUUGUCG